GAACUGUCAUCCAGUCUCAAUAUGGCGGAGAGUUUAUCUAAAUACGGAACGCAUUAAAUGGUGUGUUUAAAUUUGAUUUCAUUCUUUAAAUGAUAAUUCGCUUGUGUUAAUGACUUUGUCAGUGAACUAUACGGCAUGUUCCCGCUAACUCCGCCGGUUGUGAAGCGGCUGUUAGGCUGGAAAAAGGGCCCUGAAGGUUCUUCCGCAGCUGAAGACAAAUGGUCUGAGAAGGCAGUGAAAAGUUUAGUGAAGAAAUUAAAGAAAAGUGGAGCUCUAGAAGAAUUGGAGAAGGCAAUUUCUAGCCAAAAUAGUCAUACUAAAUGCGUUACGAUUCCCAGAGUGAAGCCGAAUGACAACGGCGUCAACGGCCAGUACCGCAAGGGCCUGCCGCAUGUAGUUUACUGUAGGCUGUGGCGUUGGCCGCAGCUGCAAAGCCAGCAUGAAUUGAAGCCGGUAGAUCACUGCGAGUUCGCUUAUCAGCUGAAAAAGGACGAAGUGUGCAUCAACCCCUAUCACUACAAUAAAAUCGACUCGCCUGCCUUGCCGCCGAUCCUGGUGCCUCGUUGCGGCGAGGGCGAGGUCCGCGCGCCGCCGCCCUACACCGACUACCACCAGCCGCUGCACGAGCAUACAGACCCCGCGUCGGUGUGCGCGAUGCAGUCGGGCGUGGUGGGCGCGGUGGGCGCGGGCGCGCACUCCGCCAUGUACCUCGAGGCCACGCUCGCGCAGCAGGUGCCCGGCAACACCACCGUGCACGUGAGCUCUUCUACAGUGGAGACGCCGCCGCCCGGCUACAUCAGCGAGGACGGCGACCCCAUGGACCACAACGACAACAUGAACCUGACCCGCCUGACGCCGUCGCCGCCGGGCCUGACGACGGAGGCGGCGCCGGUGCUGUACCACGAGCCCGCCUUCUGGUGCAGCAUCAGCUACUACGAGCUGAACACGCGCGUCGGCGAGACCUUCCACGCCUCGCAGCCCUCCAUCACCGUGGACGGCUUCACCGACCCCAGCAAUAGUGAGAGGUUUUGCCUGGGACUGUUGUCCAAUGUGAACAGAAACGAAGUGGUGGAACAGACGCGUCGGCAUAUCGGCAAGGGCGUCAGACUGUAUUAUAUUGGCGGUGAGGUGUUCGCCGAGUGCCUGAGCGACUCGUCGAUAUUCGUGCAGAGUCCGAACUGCAACCAGCGCUACGGCUGGCACCCGGCCACCGUCUGCAAGAUACCGCCAGGUUGCAAUCUGAAAAUCUUCAACAACCAAGAGUUCGCGGCGCUGCUGUCGCAGUCGGUGUCGCAGGGGUUCGAGGCGGUGUUCCAGCUCACGCGCAUGUGCACCAUCCGCAUGAGCUUCGUCAAGGGAUGGGGCGCAGAGUACAGACGGCAGACGGUGACGUCGACGCCGUGCUGGAUCGAGCUGCACUUGAACGGCCCGCUGCAGUGGCUGGACCGCGUGCUGACGCAGAUGGGCUCGCCGCGGCUGCCGUGCUCCUCCAUGUCUUAAACACAUGAACGAAGAUACAAAGGAUUUAUACUCACACACACAAACACAUACACAAACACAAAAGAGAGUUUAGCUCAACAAUACAAAAGAGAUACCUCCGUAAAGUCUUAGUGAUGUAAUGUAAGCGAUUAUCGAUAUUUCACGUGGAAUUAGAUUUUUUUAAUUACGCACGUAACGUGUACUCGCGUCAUGAUACCGAUCAUAAAGUUAUAAACUUACUCUCACAAAAUAGAUCUCUUGUGCAAGAAUCUUUCAGAGUAGGUGCGAUCGCUUAGAGUCGAAACAUAUAUGGCGGAGCGCAACGCCGGUUUUUUUUUACUGUCAAACUAUUAUCGACAUUAUCUUUAUUGAAAUAAUAUUUUAAACCCAUUAACAAAACAAUAAUUAUUGUGUUAAUUGAAUUUGAAAUUUCAAAGACAAUGUCGAUAAUAAUUUGACAGUAGAAAUUUCUUUACGCUGCGCUGCGCCCUGCCAUAUGAAGGCUGGCCCGUAGUCUACGUCUGCUUGCAGUAUGCAAGCAUUGUAUUUCGGUUUACGAGUAACUUCACAAAGCGCAAGAGCUGUGCGGUGCCAUGCUUCGUAAUACUAAUUUCUGGGUGAUAUUGCCGCUAAAAAUCAGUUUUUAAAUCUGGAAAUCUUUAGUGGAAGCAUAUGUUCAAUGGACUUAAUGUGGCUGAUGAUGAUGAUGAUGAGUCAAUUUUGCAGCUUUUCACCAGAUGUGCUUGGUUGUAUAAAAUAAUAGUUUCCUACUUUCACUACCUACCUAAUACCUACCACAUAUCUAUUUAGUUCAAAAUGUAUUUCAAAUAAAAUAGGAGGCGAGUACACAUCGCGUGCGGGUCGUUGUAAUUUGUAAUAAUGUAAGUAACAUUUUAGAGAUUGCGUCGUUUGUCCGUUUUUAUAAGUUCAUAGUUUACCGUACGAGCUUGUGACGUUAUCGACUGAGCUGGAAUGACGCGCCCCGCCGCUGAAGCUGAGCUCAUCAAUGCAAAGCUAAGCUGGGAGAAUUAACCAAUAUAGUUGUAAUAUAGAGCUCUUUUGUGCAAUUAAAUUGGUAGGUCAUCUUUGUAACAACACUAUGUGUUCAUUCACAAGCACUCUAAUAGUAAAAAGUUUAUUUUGUAUUAGUCUCGUGCGCCUGCGUCGCUGUAUACACUGCUCUAUGGUUUAAUAAAUCUGUUCAGCCCAUUGCUCUAUGCUUUGUUGUUACCCUUUAUAGGUAUCGAUAUACACCAUCAUGCAAGCGAAUUGCAGCGUUAUUCAGUUAAUACAAAAGCUAUAAAUUUGAAUAGACAAUUUGACCAUUUUAUCAUGUGUAUAUUGAUUGGUGCGUCAUUUUAGCUUAGGCGAUGUUAAUCGAGUACCACAGUCAAUCGAUAUAUAAAGAGGCUCGUGGCUUGUUGGUGGCACUGUGUUGAAGUGGUGCUGGUUUAAAUCUAGGGUAAGCAGCGAUUUAACUUGACGCCAGUGUUAAGAAACCCACGCGUAUUAUUAUUCUAAUGAUUUCAUUAGUUCUAUAGAUACUAUUGUAUAGAUCAUCAAAAUAAUAUAAUAUCAUAUAAGCCAUAUUCCAGCAAAUACUUGAUUGUUAACAGACUUACUAUGUAUCUAAUGUCAUUUUGUAAAUAUAUUUUUCAUCUAUUUUUAACAGUUGAUUCAACAGACAUAUUGAAGUAAACAUAACUGAUAAUCAUCAGCAUGAAACAGUGUCCGUGAAAAAUAUAUAUUCGAAAACCUGUCAAUGUUUUAGUUUCAAUAUUCAACAUGGAAGAUAUUAUAAAAUAUGAAUCAACAAAACUUCAAUCAGUGUUGCCAACGUAAGUCCGCAAGCCGCUAGUUGCCAUCAUGAAAUGCAUUUAAUCGUACUCGUUACAAAAUGUCGGAUUUUUACGAAAGUAGCUGUGUGCUUUUAUUUUAUCUCUAUUAAUACGUGAAUAUUUUGGAUUUUGUGUUGAUUUGGGAGUUUUCAGUAAUAUUACCUGAAAGUAAUAUUUAGGCACUGUUAUUGUUUAACCCCUCCCCGGAUUCGGUAAAUGAUUGCGGCUGUCAGUCGUGUCAGUUUUGACAGAUGUCCUUGGACUUCAUGCGUCGGCGCAUAAAAACGCGCGAUUCUCGAUUAUAUUUACGAUAUGUGUCAUAAAAAAUGUAAUAAAUCAAGUACAUUUUUACAUGACUUCAUCAAAUAUCGAUAGAUAUUUUGGAGAUUACCUUUAUUAUAUGGCUGGCGUAUUUUUUGAUGCCAAGAUUACUUACCACUGCUGUCAAUGGGACAGAGUAUGACGCUAUAAAAACAACUAAUAGUUUGUCUCACAUUUUCGCAACACCGAUAAGCAUGGUUGAAAAUCAAAUCGACACAAAAUCCAAAAUUAACUUGUAAAUAAACCACGUUCGUUUAACAUUUUGUCGAUAAUUCUAAGUUCGUUCGUUGUCGUGACGUGUCGCGGUCGGGUACUGACGGCGCGUUGGCAAAGCCAUAGUCAUUCGGAACUUCGUUAAAGCGUAUCUUGACUCGUUUAGGCCACGGCCGUGACGGGUCCGUGCCGUGGUGGCUGCUAUCACUGCUAUAGAGAACUCAAUUUGCUGGUGAUAUAUUUGCAUCCGCCCGUCUGUGUCACUUUCCAGGAUCAAUCUGGCCGACAUAAUUGUGUCGACUGACGAGAGUUAAUCAUCUCCCAUCAGUCGAUACUAUAUGGAGCUUACUCCGUACUGCAGUGAGACUACUUUGUCGUGCCACUAUAGUAGUAAAAGGAUCAUCCCCAGUGUCAUGUGAAUGUCUAUAGCACGGCCCUGCCACUGCACGGACACCGCACGGUGGUGGCCAAGAUGUAAAAUUUAACGAAACAUUUUUAACGUCGAUCGUGAUUGUAUAUUACAUUUUUUUAAAAGUAUUUUUUAAAUUAUUGUCUAUUAGACCGUGCUGUUUCUGAUGGUAAAUUGAUGGUUGAAAUAGUUGCCAUAAAAAAAAUAGGAUUUUGCUGAAUCCUCUAUUUUCUGAGUAAUAUAGUGUCUACAAAAACUGGAUUUUAGGAUAUUUUAAAGAUUCUGAGAUCCCCUACAGGAUAUGAUGGCAUCUAUAAAAAAUAUGGGCUAUAAGGCAACUAUUUAACUCAUCCGGUAUCUACCUCAGAUGCAGUAUGUUUAGGGACCUUAGAGCGAAAUCUUUAAAGGCGACUUCGAUUCAAUAAACCUAAUAAUUACACGAUUUAAAAGGUUUUUCAAAAUUGUAAUUUUCGCAUUCAAAGUGCAAUUUAUGAAAUUGUCUAUUUUACAAAUAAGACCGCUGGCAACAGGUGAUCAUAGUUAACUAUUCCUUGAUUAACGGCCGAUUUCAAUGAACGAUGACAAUCGCUAACUACGUACCACUGACUAGAAUCGACCAAUCACAAUAAGUGAUCUUUACACAUGACAAACUGUAUUCUGAUUGGUCCGUUUAUACUCACGAUCUGAAGUUAGCGGUUAGGAUCGUUUGUCGCCAUCGGCCAAGACUUAUCAAGUCAAAAUGCGCCUUAGAUCUUCGCCUUAAGGUCCUAUCUAUGGUUUCAGUCCGGGCCACGUCACGUGAUGGUCGCGGGCCUUGUAUGUACUGUUUGACAGGCUAAAUUGAACAGAUGAUAUUUUGGGAAUGUUUACCGGGCGAUUUGAUCGGAAGUGGCGAGUUGGCGAUAUUUUAGUUGAAAAACUACCAUUUUACAUAAAUACCAGGUUAAAAACUACCAUUUGGUAGAAAAUUAUUGAAAGCUGACAUUACUUACUUACUAGUAGAUGGUUUUAAAUGUUUCUAUUAAUGCAUUGUGCUCUUAUAUAGGAACGAAAUAGGAGGCAUUAUUCUCUGACGGUGUAAAUUUUUUACACGGCCGAGUUCAAGAAAUUAGAGUGGAAUUGUAUUCUAUAUACCAAUUUCUAUUGUCUUAAACAAGACGCAAUGCGUUACGUUCUUGUUCUUCACUCAAAUAACGUGUGGCCUAGAGAAUAAGGGCCAGUUCGCCGAAUCAAAGGUGCACAGGUUUUAAUUUGCCGGGCCCUUUCGGAUAUACAGUUGUAACAUACGUUAGUUUAAUAACUAAAAUAUCGUCAACUCUUUGUAAUGUUUGUAAUGGGAAUAUAAUUCACUUUGUCAUUACUAAAGUCUAUAUAAAAAAACGUUUAAAAAAAAAGCUUUGGUUCAUCGCAAAAUAAUUUGCAACCUCGUGUCGCUAUAAGGGAACAUAUUUUCAGAGUAGUCACGCAGAAGUGUUGAUCUACAGGGAUCGGAUUUCUUAUCAGCUAGUUGUAUAAUGUCACUGAAUCAAAUGAUAACAGCAAUGUCAGCCCUCUGUACUCUCAGCGACUUCUAAUGAAAUUCAAAUUACAAUUUGCCUUUACUACAUUACCAUGUUCACUGAAAUCAUAAUAUUUUUCUUUACUAGAACAAAGUUCUGUAUAAUCAAAGUGGAAUGGAAACGUGUGUUUUCACAAAACCUUUAAGGGACCACUAAAUACAAUUUAAUGACCCCUCUGAAUUGGUAUAGAGACUUUUCCGCUCUCACCCACCACUACAACUCCUGUAAGCCAGGAUCAGCAGUGGCACGCAUUUUAUAACACCGAGUAGUGAAGCUCGUUGAGUCUCAGGGAAAAUUAAUUUGCCAUUAUCCCGCAGCGAAAUUAAUCAAAUAGAAAGAUAGGGAGGACUUGGAAAUAUUAAUUGUCCACUUCCCUCCAUAGCAAACUUCAGACUUGGUAUGGCAAAAAUAUUUAAAGUCAAGUAAAGUAAAAAUUGAAACCUAUUAACAUCUAAAGAAACCAGUGACAAAGUUAUAUUCCCAUUAAGUGAUAACUGUGUAAUAUCAAGGUAUGGUGCUAAAGGAGAUAGGGUUUGGGCGCCUGCGCUGAACAGCGAAAUGGAACAAUGGAUUUCGGAAAUAUAGAAGGACCAUGUUUUUUUUUCUAUAAACGAAUUCUGAGACGAAGCUCGGAGAUCUAUCCAGUGUUUACACAAUUAACCACCGUUAUCAAGAAACAAUCGCAAUCGUUUUUUUUUAUCUAUCUCUGAUAUGGUCCAAUCAGAACAGGUUUGUUACUCUAUUACUAUUACAAAUGAGUUAUUUUGAUUGGUUCAUCCUGGGAUUCGGAUUAAAGAUUGAGAUUGGGAUCGUUUAUUGAAAACUGCUGUUAUCGUCCUUCAUCACAGUAUAUUCAUGUUAAUAUUAUUGCAUUAAUGAAUGUUCCAUAUAUACUAUACUUUGUACACAUGAAGGUCCUCGCUUCGUUUCGAAGUUCGUCGCAGUCGCUCGCGUGCGUUCCAACGUGUUGAUGUUGUGAGAUCGCUUCCACACCGCGCGGUCGCGUCGCGCACACGCGUGUUUUAUUUUUGUGUCUCAUUCGAUUUCAUGUGUUUAUAUAUUUAUAAGUUGUUCAAUGUUAAUCGUAAUCGUUUUGAUUUUUUUAUUUGUAUAAAAAUAUUUAAUCGAUCGUACAAAAAUAUUAAAAUAUAUUGAAGUGAAUCGUAAUGCGCAAAGUGUCACCCAUGAAGUCCCAUUUGCGUAAAACCGGUUCGUAUACGCGUUUUGUACGCGCGGGUAGCGGAAUGGCGAGUUGCGAUACGGGAAAGGGGGGGGGGGGGGGGGGCUAAAGAGGCAUUAUCGCUACCCACCACGUCAGCUAGUUGCGUAUUUGAACUGGUCUUAUGCGGAAACACCCAUUUGCGUAAUGUAUGACAUUUCGCGAAUUUGUGUUGAUUCAAAAUGUUGAUGAUAAAUUAUAAUAUUAUUUUAUAAAUUAUAUUUUUAAGAUAUACAAUUCAAGGAAAUGUCAUGGUUAAUAUUGAAUAACGUACUAAUAUGACUGCUGAGGUGUGAAUUUUAUUUCAAUGUUAAUUAGUAUUACCUACAUUAAAAAUACAUUAUCGGUAACUACGGAUAUGGUAAAAGUUAAUUUUGAAAUAAAAUUUACACUCGGCGAAAAAAAUGUAUUUUAAGUUUAUGUUAUCGUAUAGAGUAUAAGUUUUAACAUAUUUAUAUGUUUAUUUACGGUCCGGUUCGGUUGCGGCGGCUGUAGACUCCGACAUACCAACGACUUUUUGUCGGGAAUUCUGUCGACUAAGAAUAUCCUUUUAGUACCCGAUAUUUUAUAUUGACUGGAUAAUUACAAAGACUGGCGAUUAUUGUGAAAUGCUCUUAUAAAUUAUACCUUUUCCUAUGAAACAUACAACUGAACAAUUUCUAUAUUCAAUUUGGUAUAUUAAUAUUUUCGACGUUUUCUAUUGUAUUGUCGACUAAAAGUAGUUGGUGUGCGUCGGUCGCCAGUCGCAGUUACCGCGGUGGCCGAGCCGGGUCGCAGACGUGGCUUCCAAAGUUGUUUUGCCGUUUGCCCGUUGGCGAUCUCACGCUGUCAAGUGUGAGGGUAUUAUAUAAAACGAAACUACAAUAAAUACGUGUGGUUUGUA